AUGGUUUCAAUAUUGAACAAUGACGACAACCCCUCUUUUGCGGUUCGACCUUCGAGAUCAUCUAAAUCCAGGCACGAGCCAACUGACCACUCUUCACAACUUCACGGGUGGCCGGCAUCAGUAAAGGGAAACCCGGAGUCGGCCAGCUUUCUCCAUGGAGAUAGCCGGCCACAAUGGAAGGACAUGUCAUCAUCUUCUGAGUCACAUUAUUACUCCUACGGGCCAGCGCCUCACUGCUCCUCGCCUCCUCAGUUUGUCAUGCCACAUAAUUUAGCCUAUGGGUAUGACCUCGAAGAAGGGGGACAUAUUCAGCAUGAGCAUCAGACAGGAGAACGAGAAAGGGUAUCACCACAAUCAAGUUACAGCAACUUUACAGAGUAUGCGGCGCCACCUACCACCAAAAAGCAUAAGCAUGCCUGUCCAUACGCUGCCUCCCAUGGAUGCUCGGCUACGUUUACGACCUCGGGACACGCCGCAAGGCACGGCAAAAAGCACACUGGUGAAAAACGAGUCCACUGCCCGGUGUGCAAUAAGGCAUUUACCAGGAAAGACAACAUGAAGCAGCACCAAAGGACUCAUCGCGAAUCAGGCAUUGAUGUUGAUAUUGACGGGCAUGACCAGAAUAUUUCCGACACCGCAUACUCCCAGUCUCCCGGCUCAACUACCGCAUACUUCCCUGCGUAUGAUACAGAAGCGCCGACUGACCCGCGACAUUCCCAAUCUCGCCGACACUCAAGCCGCUCCACUACUAGCUAUGAGGCUUCUCCUCGAUACCUAUCCCGAGAGCUCCCAGAUCCGCAAGAUGCAGAGGAUGAAAGACGGCCGCGUUCCCCGGCGUACCGCUCUGACAGCAUUUCCUCGGGACUGGACUCACUGGCAAUUGCAUCGACCAAGUCAAGCUAUAGCAGCAGACACAUAUCGAGGAGAUGA